GGUUGCGUGAAGUCAACAUAUUCCGCGCUUUCGUGUGGCCCUUUGUUGGUGAUUUUCCGUUUCCAUCGUAACCCGGAACCAGCGAACAGCACCCGGGAGCCGAGCCCCCGAGUAAGGACACGCGCACCGGGAAACGGACCGGUGGGAAUGGUGUAUCAUGUCCACCAUCGAGGAGCGAACGGCAUAUCUGGAUAACCCGUACUUCAAAGGGCACGUCUACGGCAACUUCAACCCGUUCUACGUCACGAUCGCCCUCUGCACCAUCUUCGGUGCGUUCGUUAUUGUGCUGAACGUCAUCUGCUGCUGCUGUUCCAAGUACAAACCGUACUGGCAGGACCGGAACACAGGAAAUCUGUGGUUAGUGUCCAUUUGGUCCGCAACGCCACACAAGCAGCCACCGCUCGACCUGACCGAGCUGAAGGACGCCAGUCAUUUCCAGCCACAUAACCCCGACGUUGAGCGCCCGGUAGAAUACACCGUGUCGCACCAUCGGCCCCAGUACCAGCAGUCGUCGGCCUCCCGCGGACCACCGGCGGGCUACCAUCGUGAGGAGUACGUUGAGCUGCAGAAGCGCGAAAGUGACAUCUGA